AGUUGGCAUCUUGACUUCCAACUCAAACAAUUAAAAGUGUAAAUAUGAUAUUGAUUUGUAAAUAUGAUAUUGAUUUGUAAAUCUGAUAUGAAUAGAAAAAUCAAUUAUAAAUUUGUUACCUUUACCUAGUGCUACAAAAUAGUCUAAUAGAUUGUUCGAUAGUAGUUAUAAGAACACCUUAUUAAAAGGGAGUCUGCCAACAAAAUUUUAGAUGGAGGGUUCACGUAAUACCCGAAAGAAGUAAAAGAGUUUUUCUUGAGGCUUCGAGUAUAGUGUUGGUAUGGUUCCAAGAAAUCGUAUCAGGUGCUCCCAAAGCCUAGCACGUGUGCGUCCUUCACCGGUACGAAUUUGAUCUCUUAAUUCUCGAAUUGAUCCUGUUAAGUUUUUUUUUGUUUUCUCUUUCCAAUUCAACAAUGCAAUUGCUACUGUAUUAGGACUCUUUAUAUAAGACUUUGUUGCGGCAGAAAGUUUUUAUUUUUUGCUUCGAAACCCCUCCCUUAAUCCAUAUUCUUUAUAUUUUUUGACUCUACCAAGUCUUUCCCAUAGGUUUUGGCCCAUUAUCCCUUUUUUUUAUUUUUUUUAUUUUUUAAACUUAAAUUAUAUACUAAAUACCCCAUAUGACAUCAUUUAAAAUAUUGGGGGUAUUACAUUAUUCCGAGGAUGCAAUAGAAGAAGCUAGGGCUCUGCGUAUGCCCGAUCCGAGCAAGGUCCUUGAAGAAGAUCCCUUUCAGAGUUGCUUUGCUGGGGUCGAUGAUACCGCCGACCUUAACGAUGCAUCCACCCUCUUCUAAGAGGCCCAACAUCUCCUUUCUCGGGCCAUUGUAAAGCAUAGAGCUGAGCUGAGCCAAUGUGAGGACUAGCUCAAGAAAGUUUCAGGUGAAGAGAAGGACCUGAGGCUCCUCUGUAGCCAAAAGGAUGAGGAGCUUAAGGAUCUUCGGGCUGAAUUGGCGAAAGCCCAGAAAAACGAGGCCGAGCUAGAUGAGCAGCUACAGCAAAAGUUGGAGAUGAUUGGGCAGCUCCAGAGCAAGGUUGAUCAAGUUAAAGCUGAUUGUCAUAGGUGGAAAAAGAACAUGGAUCAGCUUGCUGCCGAUAAGGAAGUUGUUACAGCCCAACUGGCCUCGGCUGAAACUCAGCUCCAAGGCAUUAAAGCGAAGGGUCUGGCUCAGGCCAAGAAGAUUGACGAGUUAGAGGCAGAGCUCGCUAGAGCCCGGGCCGAAGCUGCACAGGCUAAGGUUGAAGCUGAGAAGACAAAGCCUGCGGCUAAUAAAUCCAUUGCCGUAUACUUAAGGAACGUCGCGGCCGUUAAAGCUGAGUUGAGGGAGGCCUCCAACCGGGAAAAAUGGAGCAAUGAGUUGGCCAAGUGCCAAGCCCGGAGGGAGAUCCUCGAAGAAGUCAAUUCCCGAGGGUUCAAUUUUGCCGAGGUGAUAGCCGAGGCAAAGGCGCGGGAAAUCGAUAUCAUGUUUAUUUCCUCUUUUGAUGAUGAGGAUGUAGCGAGUGGCUCCGGGAAUGGGGAAUGUGAAGAAGAUAUUCCUGAGGGAGAGGAGGCUCCCGAAGAUAGAGCUGGCGAAGGUGCAAUUCCUGAGGAUUGCGCUCCCGGGGAUCUGACCCCGAAAAUAGAUUAGGUUUUCUUUUUCUUUUUUGUGCAAGGGCCCCUUGC